GGGGGAGUGACGACAUCACGGACCUAUAGCACAGUUCGCCCCAGUGGAGAGGAUCCGACACACAAGCCCACUGAGCUCUCGCUGGCUGAUAUUGUAGGCACUAAAUCCGGCUUCGCAAUGCAUCAAUGCGGCGGCAGGGUCUGCAUUACCACCGUGCUUGUCUCGCUGCUUCUGGCCGGGCUGGCGAGGGCGACCUCCGAUCCGUUUGACAACCAGCUGGGUGACAUCAGUUACUGCAAAAAGCAAUGCCUGACUACCGUCAUAAACAAAAGCUUCAUUAAAGACUCCGUACUGAGCGCUUGUAACCGUGGCUGCCGACUCUACUCCAUCUGUAAGUUUGUGAAUGGCAACGCGGGGUCCAAUGCCAGCAAGGAAGAAUGUCAGGGAGCUUGCCAAGAGGCGUAUACUCAGCUGCUGGAACAGGAGGGCUGCCGGAAGGGGUGCGAGAAUCAGCCCACGGCAGCAGAGAGCGAGAGGAGGAAGCUGAAAGCCCUGAUGCGUCGCUCCAAGCCGUUGUCCGUCAUGGACUUGCUGUCCGGCUGGUGUAGCGACAUCGUCAGCUCUGCCCAGAGUUUCAUCUCCUCCACCUGGACUUUCUACUUGCAAGCGGACGAUGGAAAGGUGCUCGUGUUCCAGAGUCAGCCGCAGAUGGAGUACUCCUUCCCUGAACUGCAGACUCCUGGACUGGAGGCGGCGGAGAAGCCUUGGACCCCAGUCAGCUCCAGCACACCCAGGCCUCACACGGGGGCAAAGGACCAUGGAGAGAAGACCACCAGGGGAGGGGGGAAGGGGAGGCGCAAUGGGCAACGUGGAGAUUCCCCUCCCGCAGACCACGAUUUCCUGGGCUGCAUGUCACGACGCUCAGGCCUCCCCAGGUGGAUCCUAGCUGCCUGCCUCUUCCUGUCAAUCAUGGUGAUGCUGUGGCUCAGCUGUGCCAGUCUAGUCACGGCCCCAGACCAGCGAGUGAAGACGCAGCUGAGCAUCAAUGGAGACAAGGAAUUCUUGGACGACAUUGAUAAAGUCAGCCCUUACCCCUUGACCCCGGUCAUCGCCGUGGCCAUCAGCCAAUCAGAUGAAGGCCAGGAGGCGGGCCCCCUGCCAGUCAAAGUGGACCUGGACAAAACCAUUCUCUGAGACACCAAUUGGUUUGGUCCUUUAUUUAUUGAUGUGGAACAGUUCCCAGUGCUAUCUCAGUCUUUAUUUUAUUGUCGAGGAGACAAAAAAAACACACACACACACACACACACACACACAAGGAAAACAUGCACGGCAUCAUUCAUUUGCUUCUGUUUUCACGGUUUUGUCCUGCUGAAGUUGUAGAUUUUCUGUGCAGAUCACGUAGUUUAGUCCCUUAACAGAGAAAGACAGGCUUGCCUUGAUUACCAGCAAAGAUGUACUAUAUGUGAUAAAGAUGAAAAUUCCAUUAAAUACAUUUUGUAGACUGCAGAGAUUUGUAGAUGCGUAUAUGAAACCAUAAAAAUAUGGCUUGUUGAACUGUGAACAGACUGGGAUCUGAGAGGGAGACAAAUCACUGAUUCAACAGGCUAGACUCUUUAAUUUUACUCCCAUGAAUGAAACUUGUGGUAGAGAAGAUUUGUGUGUUUGAAUUUUUUUAACCCUUUUUGGUCAUUCAACCACAGAUUGGCAGACAGGGAUGUAGUGAGCUGUGAUUUUUUAUUUUUUUUUUUGCCAACGCUGAACAUAAGCAAAGUGCAAAGCGAUAAUGAAAUACCCCAAUGGUGAGUAUUCAGUUCCAAUCAUAGUAAACCUAGCUGAAAUAAAAUACUGUUUCGUGCCACAUAACAGAAUUAGGUGCUACACGAUUAUCAGUUUGUCUAGGGUUGGUUGAGGGCUUGUGUGUGUUUUAUAUGAGUGUGAUUCACGUGUCUAAGCUAGGAUGCACGGAACGGAAUUAAAAUGCUGUCCGCGUACUGGAUAUCCGAACGGGAACUGUACUGUAGGCACUCAUUUAUUCAUGUAUUCAUUCAGGAUCAAUAAGGAGACCGGCAGCUCCCUACACUCCAAAUUAUAAGUUUGAUGCCCCAGAGAUUAACUGAAACGCUUCCUGCAUAAUUUUAAUUUGCGGUCUGAAGGCUCACAGCGAUCUCGGUAGCACAGAUCCAUCAUUUAAAAUGGCCAGCGAACGUGCAGCAAAGUUAGUGACUGGAAACGCCAUCGUCAAGGCGGGAAGGAGUUUCACCGAAAGAGAGUUUUGAUCGAUAACUGUUGAGGGUGAGGAGCGUUUAUUUCUGUCGGAAUUCAGCUAGUAGAGGCACUAAGCCUGCUUAUUGUAUUCACAGUUCUACUGAAACAACUGCUUUGACACGUACGGCAAAUGUUUUGCAGAACACAUAAAAAAUACAUAUAUCCGGAAAAAAAUCUUGCUUUUGUGACCAGGUCAAAGUGUUGAGUUCUGUGUUUCUUUAAGUGCUGUUUUUGUCUGCUUUUUACGUUUCAUUUUACUCCUUAGCGUCUAGCAACAAUGCAUGCGUCUUUGUUACGACAGUAUAGAUAUACAAUAUCUGUCAGAUUUUGAAGGAAACAAAUAUGAAUAUGGUGCUUUGUAUGUUUCUGCAAGAUAAAACUUGAAUAGGCUGUACGAUAAUGUAAAUCACUAAGAAGAGAAAACGCACACGUAAAGACAAUUUGAAGUCAUGCAAUAUUCAAUAAGCCUACUGGCUUGGUGCAAGGUCACCGCUUGUGUUGAAAGCAAAAAGUCCUAUUUAACCAUGGUCGUUUUUGAUUAAGUUAAACAAAAAUAAAGUGUUUUCAAAAAACA